CUUGUUUUAAGAUUCAUAUUUUCGUACCACCAACGAACGAGUCACCUAAAUCACCCGAAAGAAAACCGAUGAGUGAUGAUGACUGGUGCUUUCUUUUUAUUAGUUAGUUCGAUCGAUCAUACGCAUUUUGGCGUUGGACAAUAAAUUCACUUAAUUCAGUAAGCUUGCUCUCUAAAACUGCCAUGGAUUCAGAGACUCCAAAAACCCUAGAUUCAGAGACUCCCUCUUCUUCUUCUUCUUCUUCUUCUUCUUCAAACUAUGGCGAUUGGAAGCAGCGCAUCUUUUUUCCCACCCUUCUCGCAGGGUUUGUUGGGGGAGGAGCUGGGCUAGUGUCCAAGUAUCGGAAAGUUCAUGGCCUGGCGAACAUUUCUGCAACAUAUGCUGCAAAUUUAUCCAUUGUCACUGCUUGCUACUGUGGAGCACGCGAGUUUGUUAGAGUUUAUCGAAAGUCAGAACCCGAUGAUCUUAUGAACUCUGCAAUAGCUGGGUUUGGUACCGGAGCUAUUCUUGGACGCCUUCAAGGUGGGCAGCUCGGCUCUGUUAGAUACUCGUUGAUGUUCACCGUCGUUGGGACAACAUUCGAUUAUGCCACUCUCAAACUAAGACCCACUUUCAGAAGCUACAAGGAAUCGGUAUUCGAGGAAAGUCGUAAUUGGAUGAAAUUACCGGAAUGGUCCCCUAUCCAAGUUCUUGAUGAGGAAGCUUUGGCUGCUAAACAAGCUCGGGAGCAACAGCUGUAUGCACAGAGGACACUUGGACAAUUAAACAAAAAGGAACCUUGAGGUUUUUUUUCUUUUUUUGGCUUCUUUCUUAUCAGUGAGAUUAUACCAUACGGUGGGGAUUAUGAUAAUAAGAAGAGAAUGCUAAUAUUUGUCAAAAAACGAAGGAAACAAAAAUCUUGUUGCAUGUUCUGCAUUACAUUUUUCUUCGUUGAAACAGUACAAAUUAUAUUUAUAAUCUUAAUGUUGCUCUAAUUUUCGCUGCUUAAUUCCAUAUUUUUUUCUUUAUUUUAUUUUAGUUGGAGAGUAAGAUUAGGCUGAGGGAUAGUAGUGAGAUGGAGAUUGAUUAAUAUUCGGCCUAGUUUGAAAUUAUUGUAGCAGUGUAAUGUCAACUUUGCUUAUAGAAAAAUCGAAAUAAAUUAGGGGAUGUUUGGUUA